AUGGAUAAGUUAAAAAUAGUUUUAGUUCAUGGAGCUUUUGGAGAUGGUAGUGGAUGGUGUAAAGUUUUAAAACAAUUGAGAGAAGAAGGACAUUGUGUUAUUGCUGCCCAAAAUCCAUUGUCUUCUUUCGCCAAUGACGUAGAGACAACAAAUCGUUUAGUUGAUAUGCAAAACGGUCCUGUUAUCUUGGUUGGACACAGCUAUGGUGGUAUGGUUAUUACAGCUGUCGCCAACAUCAAUAAGAAUGUAAAGGGUUUGGUGUAUGUCUGCGCUGCCGCUCCAGACAAGGGAGAAUCUUUGGCCGAUCUCCUAGGAAAGGAACCAACACCUGGAAGCAAAUUCUUCACCAAAGAUAAAUAUGACCGUUUCUGGAUUGACAACUCACAUUUCUCAGAGGUGUUUGCACAUGAUUGUAAGGAAGCACCAGAGUUGGCUUUGGUUCAAAAUCCUAUUAGUCUCAACAGUUUCACCGGAAAGCUUGAAGGUACACCAGCUUGGAAGAGCAUCCCUUCAUGGUAUGUCUUAGGUGAACAAGACAAUGCAAUCAAUCCUAUCACCCAGAAAUUCAUGUCGGAGAGAAUAAAAGCCAAAGUAACCAGAUUACCAUCCAGUCAUGCUUCAAUGGUGUCUCAUCCAAUGGAAGUUUCAAAUGUGAUAAAGGAUGCAUUUAAAUCAUUAUCAAGCUGUCCAGCCUCAAAAUAA